AUGAGGACUACAAGACAAGAGCGGACGGCCUCUCCACGAGCAAGUGGAAGAGAUGGCUGUAUUGAGAUCUCAGAGAAACAUCUGGUAUCUUCAGAUUUUGAAGUAGAUGAUCGCGGUAUCACACGAGAUGAAGAGCAUGCCAACAUCCAAGAUAUACCUUCAUCCAAUCACAGAAAAAAUGUAUCACUUGAUCCUUUUAAACAGGUCCGAUCUUCUGAUUCAUCACAGACUGUAGCACAGAAUAAAAGUUUUAGAAGAGGUGUUCAACAUCAAACAGCUCACGUAAGAGGGAAGCCAUUUUCAUGUUCAGAAUGUGGAAAAUGUUUUAGAUAUAAAUCAACUAUUGUUAGACAUCAGAGAAUUCACACAGGGGAGAAGCCAUUUUCAUGUUCAGAAUGUGGAAAAUGUUUUACCCGUAAAUCAUCUCUAUUUAAACAUCAGAGAAUUCACACAGGAGAGAAGCCAUUUUUAUGUUCAGAAUGUGGAAAAUGUUUUAAGCAGAAAUGGGCUCUUGUUAUACAUCAGAGAAUUCACACAGGGGAGAAGCCAUAUUCAUGUUCAGAAUGUAGAAAAUGUUUUAGUUGUAAAUCAGAACUUGUCACACAUCAGAGAAUUCACACAGGGGAGAAGCCAUUUCCAUGUUCAGAAUGUGGGAAAUGUUUUACGCAGAAAUCAGCUCUUGUUAUACAUCAGAGAAUUCACACAGGGGAGAAGCCAUUUUCAUGUUCAGAAUGUGGAAAAUGCUUUUACAGUAAAUCCUCUUUUGUUCUACAUCAGAGAGUGUACAAGGGACAGAAGCCAUUCACAUGUUCAGAAUGUGGGAAACUUUUUCAUCAGAAAUCAGAACUUGCCACACAUCAAAGAAUACACACAGUGGAGAAGAAAUUUUCAUGUUCAGAAUGUGGGAAAUGUUUUCAUCAGAAAUCAGAACUUGUCACACAUCAAAGAAUUCACACAGAGGAGAAGCCAUUUUCAUGUUCAGAAUGUGAAACAUAUUUUACCCAUAAAUCAUCUCUUUUGAAACAUCAGAAAACUCACACAGGGGAGAAUCCAUUUGCAUGUUUAGAAUGUAGAAAAUGUUUUAGAUGUAAAUCAGAACUUGUCACACAUCAGAGAAUUCACACAGGGGAGAAGCCAUUUUCAUGUUCAGAAUGUGGAAAAUGUUUUCAUUGUAAAUCACAUCUUGUUAGACAUCAGAGAAUUCACAGAGGGGAGAAGCUAUUUUCACGUUCAGAAUGUGAGAAAUAUUUUACCCAUAAAUCAUCUCUAUUUAAACAUCAGAAAACUGAAACAGAGGAGAAGCCAGUUGUAUGUUUAGAAUGUGGAAAAUGUUUUAGAUGUAAAUCAGAACUUGUCACACAUCUGAGAAUUCACACAGGGGAGAAGCCAUUUUCAUGUUUAGAAUGUGGGAAAUGUUUUCAUAAGAAAUCAGUUCUUGUUAAACAUCAGAGAAUUCACAGAGGAGAGAAGCCAUCUUCUUGUUUAGCCCGUUAGUGACCUCCCCUAUGUGUUUUUAUGGUGGUCACUAAUUGGCUUUAUUCCAUCACAUGCGUUUUUUUAGGGCUCAUGCACAUGGUAGUAUGGCUGAUAUGCCCGUAUUGUGAACCAGAAACAGCAGGUCUUCAAUAUACAGGCACCAACCGUGUGCACUCCAUAUCACAGACGCUGACCCAUUGAGUUGAAUGUGUCUGCAUUCCG